GAUUCUGUACCGGAAAUAGAUGGCGUAGAUGCUAUAGCGGCGAAGCGCAAUUGAAAAACGUCUUUAUUAUAAGACGCUAUUAUUUUAUUUUACAUCGGUGUACAUCGAGCCGAUAAAAUGUCUCAAGCAGCGGGAAGAAGUUCGAAAAUGCUGCAGCACAUCAACUACAGGAUGCGCUGUCAGCUGCAGGACGGCCGCAUAUUUAUUGGCACUUUCAAGGCAUUUGACAAACACAUGAAUCUCAUUUUGGGAGAUUGUGAUGAGUUCCGUAAGAUUAAGCCAAAGAACGUCAAGUCCAAUGAACGUGAGGAAAAGCGAGUUUUGGGCCUGGUUCUUCUCAGGGGAGAACAUUUAGUGUCAAUGACAGUCGAAGGACCUCCAGCAGCAGAGGAAGGAGUGGCUCGCGUGCCACUUGCAGGUGCUAGCUCUGGCCCUGGUGUUGGUCGGGCUGCAGGGCGCGGUAUGGCGGGAGCCACCGGUAUGCCAGCAGCUCCUGGUCUCCAGGGACCUGCCCGCGGUGUGGGAGGCCCCUCACAGCAGAUGAUGACGCCUCAGCCCAGGAUGGGAGCACCACCAAUGGCCCGCCCUCCCAUGAUGAUGGGUGGUCAAGGCAACAUGAGACCUCAAGCUAUGCCCAGGGGACCUGCCCCAAUGCAAAUGAGAGGUGGAAUGCAACCACAACCUAGAAUGGGAGGGCCACCAAUGUAGCUGAUCUUUGUUUCAUUCCCUCAUCAUCAUGUUUCAUCACCAUCUUCAUUUUCAUGUUUUCAUUUCAUUCGCCAUAUUUUUAAAUGCGUAUUUCUUACUGUAAAUGUACAUUGUUACCAAUAGUUCCCACUUUGGUGUUCCUUGUGGUGUUGUGAGAGUUGUAUACAGCAAGGGGGGAGGCAGUGCUGCUGUGAACAUUUUCCUUUUUCUAAUGGCAGUCGACGUCUCGUGCCACUGUGUGCAGUCUGUCGCUGUUCUUCUUUGUUGGCAGAUGUCUGUUGUUUCCCUUGCUGGUGUGAGUGGAAAAAUUACGUUCUGAAGAGCAGUAUGUUAUACUUUAAGAACAGUAUGUUGUACCUUGUGUUUUAAGAGAAAUGAUAAAUGAGAACACCAGAAUUAAUAAAAAAGAAAAAAAAACUGUU